GGCCAAUCAGCGUUCAUCGCACACAUUUAAAAAUCUUAAACAGCGUAUGUUAGGCUUUUUGCAGCGGUCGUCGACUCGGCAAUACGAACCAUGGUGAAGGAACGAAUCCAGAAAAAUCCAGCUCGGAGCACUCUGGCUGAGAUUAUGAACAAAGUGAAGGAGACGCGUAAUAAGAAGCUGGCCCGGGCCGUGGCGUGCAACAGGGGGAAGAGAACCAGACUUGCCCACAACAGCAGCAUGGCGCCAGGCGACCUUCUGGCCACGGUGCAAAAAAACAACACGUCGCUGGCGAUUGCACUGCAGACCGAGAAGGAGAUGGUGCGACAGGCCAAAGCUGUCAUCUUGAAGCUGACGAUGGAGCGGCAAGCCCUCCAACUGCAAGUGAUAGUGCUCAAAAGGAGACUCCUGGAGCAGCAGGCCCUCGCCACUGCAUCCACACUGGCUGAGGUGUCAGAGUUGCCCAUGGAAGUGGCAGAGUUGCCCGUGGAAGCAACAGUGGAUCCACCAUGGAGAGAAAGCAUUGGUGAAGGCAGGACGGCUGACGUUUCCCCGAUUUGUGCAGAGUCUCCUAAAAUGGACGUCCGGUCUGAAUAUGUCCAAAUGGCUCUGCCUCCGACAGUGGUGGUGAGGCCAAAACACAAUGGUGGAGAAUGCAAGCGCAGAAGGCGGUCUAACUGCAUAGGUUCCAUCGGCGACAUGAACUUGGAAGCGCUCAAAGAGAAGCCCCCCAACCAACGUGAAGAACCCUGGGAGCUUUUGAAGGUGAAGGUGGACGAUGGCAUCCACAUGCAAAAAUCUGAAGCGCCCGUGAGGGCUGGCAAAUCGGCACGGCCCAAAGCGAAGGCGUCCAUGCACAAGCCCCCCAAGCGAGGAUGCCAACCAAGGCGAGCCCCUCUCAAAAAACCUUGUGAGAACCCCAAGAACCAGGAGUGCUGCGCACCAUGCCCCGAGCAGUUCAACACCUCGCUGGGCUCUGACAUUUUUGACUUCACAUGCGAGGAGGCCGUUCACCGGACGCCCUUCAAGGGCAAGUUGGACAGCUUUGAAGACCCCGCCGCAGAACCCCCGGCUCCGGACCCCGCCGCAGAACCCCCGGCUCCGAACUCUGGCUCACCAUCUUCGCCAUCCUCCGAGUCGGAAGAUGACCUGUAUGUACCCAAGAAGGCCAGAAGGGGACGCUGCCCCCCUGAGACCGCCAAGAUCAUCACGCGCAGCAGGCGACCUCCCAACACAAACGCCGAAGUCCUGCGCCAGGGCAUGGUGGCCACCGCUGUGCCUUCGGUCAGCACCCUGGCGGAAGCCGACAAGACCAUUGAUGGCAUCCUCUCCAGUUUGGAAGACUCCCUCUUCCAAAGUCAGCCUCCGCUUUCCCCUUCUCCACAGUGGCAACACCAGCGAGUGACUGUUCGCAAGAAACGUGGGCCGGCUGGCUCCGCUCUGCACGUCGCCGCCAAUCGAACGCCGCGGUGUCUCGGCUCUGAUCUGAGUGACGUGACCAAUGUGUUGCCUGCAGACCACCACGUCUCCCCACGAGCACGCCGACGCACCCUGGUGGUGGACUACAAGGAGCCUUCGUUGAACAAGAAACUCCGGCGUGGGGACAAAUUUACUGACUUGCAGUUCCUCUCGCCGAGCUCGCCCAUUUUCAAGACCAAGUUGUCAGGCAGAAGGUCCCGAGAAUCUCCCCGCGCAACACCCAAGCCGGACAAAUUUAACGAGCCGUUUGUCAGAUGUCGUGAGUUGAUCAACACGUGUAAAUAA